AUGGCUUAUUAUUGUUCAUUCAAGCCUUCGCUCCUCUUUCUCCUUUUCUUCAUCGCAACCUCUCAGGCUAGAGACUCCAUCACCACUCACCUCCAUUUCUUCAUCCACGAGAACGUUAACAGACCCAACGCCACCGCUAUCACCGUCGUCAACUCCACCACCAGCAACCCCGGCGGCUUCGGCAGCAUCGGGAUCUUCGACGAUGAACUCCGAGAAGGCUCGAGCGUUGACUCGAAGCUCAUUGGACGGGCCCAAGGCAUGGCUCCCGAGGUGUCGCUUAGCCAGACGGCUUGGCUCGUACUCAUCGACUUCGUCUUCACGGACGGAGAGUAUAACGGUAGCUCGCUCAUGGUGGUGGGCCGGGCGACGUUCGAGGGCCCCACCGAGCGCAGCAUCAUCGGCGGCACCGGAAAAUUUCGAAUGGCGAGGGGCUACACCAUUAAUAAAUUGCUAAGUGGUGCUCCGACAGGACACGUAAUCGCCGAGUAUGAUGCUUAUAUCGUGCAUUAA